UCUGCUAAGAAGGAUUGGCGUGGUCGUAGUAUGAUUGUUGUAGCUAGCCCUCCCACAGAAGAUGUUGUGGUUGCUGCGGAGCCACUCACAAAGAAAGAUCUUGUGAAUUAUCUUGCCUCUGGUUGCAAGACCAAGGAUAAAUGGAGGAUAGGUACUGAACAUGAGAAGUUCUGCUUUGAGUUUGGAAGCUUGCAUCCAAUGAAGUACGAGAAAAUAACAGAGUUGUUGAAUGGCAUUGCUGAGAGAUUUGAGUGGGAUAAAAUAAUGGAUGGUGAUAAAAUUAUUGGACUCAAACAGGGGAAGCAGAGCAUAUCAUUGGAGCCAGGUGGUCAGUUUGAGCUUAGCGGAGCCCUUCUUGAAACCUUGCAUCAGACUUGAGCUGAAGUUUAUUCACACCUCUAUCAGGU